CAGAGCCUGUGCCCGGAGUGUCAGCUUCCUUGUCUCCUCAUCUCCGCUCUGCAGAAGCCCCAGUGAGGACUAUGUCCCUAUUUCCAUCGCUUCCUUUCCUUCUCCUGAGUGUGGUGACAGCAUCUUGCACAGAAGCAGAAACCUGGGAGAACCUCCAAAAGACCUGCCCUGUGAUCACCUGUGGUUCUCCAGGCAUCAAUGGCUUCCCAGGCAAAGAUGGACGUGAUGGUGCCAAGGGAGAAAAGGGAGAACCAGGGCAAGGACUCAGAGGCUUGCAGGGCCCUCCUGGAAAGUUGGGGCCUCAAGGAAUCUCAGGGGCUCCUGGGUUACCAGGAGAAGUGGGCCCAAAAGGAGACCCUGGAAUAUGUCUGGAUUGUGAUACUAGCCUGGCUGUUUCAGAAAGAGAAGCUCUGCGAUCAGAAUUGGGCCAAAUCAAAAAGUGGCUGACCUUCUCUCUGGGAAAACAAGUUGGGAAGAAGCUCUUCUUGACCAAUGGUGAAAGUAUGACCUUUGACAGAGUGAAGGAUCUGUGCACCCAGUUUGAGGCCUCUGUGGCCACCCCCAUGAAUGCUGAAGAGAACCAGGCCAUCCAGAAUGUAGCCAGAAAAGUGGCCUUCCUGGGCUUCACAGACGUGAAAAAUGAAGGUCAGUUUGUGGAUCUGACAGGAAGGAGUAUAACCUACCUAAAUUGGAAUGAUCACGAGCCCAACAAUUCUGGCUCUGAGGAACACUGUGUGACGAUCCUGACAGAUGGCAAGUGGAAUGACGUGACCUGCUCAUCCUCCUUUUUGGCAGUUUGUGAGUUCCCUGUCUGAGGGAGCCCAUCCCUCAGAUCCUCCUGUCCCUUUACCUCAUCUAGGAUCACAGUAUGCUUUGAAAGAUAAAUCUGCAUCAAUUUUCCUAUACCCAGUAUUGAUUUUUCCCUUUGUGGGGAAUCAUAGAAAACAAACAAACAAAAAAAUGGAUUGAAUGAUGAAAUAUAGAGGUGCGAAAUGGUACCAUGAGAGUUUCUGGUUCAAACCCAAUUAUUAAUAAUAAUCACUGUCAACAACAAUAAAAUCAUAACAGUAGUAAUAAGUAAUAGCAGCAAUAGUAGUAGUACUGAUAAUAUAUUUUUAAUGUUUACUAUGAAUCAGAACCUAUAUUAUGCAUCUUACAUUAAUUAUCUAC